AUGGAGAUAAAGGGUGUACCAUGGAUUGUGGAAUUGAUCCACAAAUACCGAUAUUACGCAGAGACGCACAAUGUAACAACCAAAGAUGGCUACAUCCUUGAACUUCAUCGUAUUUCCGGUGGGGAUCGUUACCCGCCAAAACCCGGAAAACGUGUUGUUCUUCUUACACACGGUCUCCUCGGCUCUUCGGCAGACUGGGUGAUUCUAGGACCAGGCCUAGCACUCGGGUACCUACUCUCUGAUCAAAACUACGACGUUUGGCUUAGCAAUGCUCGAGGGAAUCGAUACUCCCGCAGUCACAUUUCACUUAAUCCUGAAAAUCGAGACUUUUGGUUAUUCUCCUUCCACGAGAUCGGUAUCUACGAUCUUCCGUCCACAAUAGACUACAUAUUGGAUGUUACUGGUCAGAGCAGUUUAUUUUACUGCGGUCAUUCACAAGGAUCAACAACGUUCUGGGUGUUACUGUCGGAGCGUCCAGAGUACAACAGUAAGAUCAUCAUGAUGCAGUCAUUUGCUCCAGUAGCCUUUAUGGCUAAUCCUAGGUCUCCAAUUGUUCAAGCCUUCGCCCAGAAUCUUCCUGCAGUUGAAAUGAUGUUUGCAACAUUUGGAAUUUAUGAAUUUAUGCCUUCGUCUGAUUGGCUCAGAACUUCUACGCAGUUGCUGUGCAGUGAAACAUCUCCUGUUGCUUACAUUUGUAAAAAUAGCCUAUUCCUUGUUGUAGGUUUCGAUCCCAAGCAAAUGAAUUCAACAAUUUUGCCACAAUAUUUGGGUCAUAUGCCAGCUGGUUCGUCUGCCCGUCAAGGAUUCCAUUACUGCCAACUGGCUAUUUCCGAUGGUUUCCAGCAGUACGAUUUCGGAGCCAUUGAGAACUUUCGACGGUACCAUCAGCUUAAUCCUCCGGAUUACAAACUCUACAGGGCACAUGUACCAACAGUCAUCCAUUACGCAGCCAAUGAUUGGAUUGUAAACGUUACGGACGUAGAUAAACUAACCUCAAUGCUUCCGAAUGUGCAUCUGAAGCAUUUAAUUAAUUUUGAAAAUUUUAACCACUUUGAUUAUGUUAUAGCAGCUGAUGUAAAGCGUUUACUCUACGACAUGGUGAUUGAUCUUUUCAAUAAAUUUUAA